GCCGCGAUCGCCGGAUUUAGGGCCACUUGAAUCUCUUCCUUCACUUCCACCACUUGCAUUUCGACUUAUGGCGAAGGUUCCUCGAAAUUUCCGUUUGCUGGAGGAGCUCGAGAAGGGGGAGAAGGGCAUUGGCGAUGGCUCUUGCUCGUAUGGUCUUGAGGACGGAGACGACAUUAUGAUGAGCGAUUGGAACGGCACGAUCAUUGGUCCAGGACAUACCGUGCACGAGAACCGAAUCUACAGUCUGAAGAUUGUUUGUGGCGAAGAUUAUCCUGACAGGCCACCGACCAUUCAGUUUAUAUCGCGAGUGAAUCUGCCAUUUGUGAACCCAGUAGAUGGCAAGGUUGAUGCCACAAAGCUUCCUGUACUGGCGCACUGGAACAGGAAUAGCAGUAUCGAGACGGUUCUCGUGGAAAUUCGCAGGGAGAUGGCUUCGUUCAAUAACCGAAAGCUUCCUCAGCCGCCAGAAGGCAGGAAUAGAACAAGGAUGAAGGACACACAUUGACUCGUCGACACUGAAACCUCGAAUCCAAUGGAUCUCGCAAGGACUGAUCGACAUGGACAACCUCACGAUGAUCUU